AGAGCGCGCAGCAGGUUGCGCCACGCGUGUCAGAGAAGUUUCAAUGGCGUGGCAGGGGCUGACGGCCGAGUUCCUGCAGGUGCCCGCGGUGACGCGGGCCUAUACCGCGGCCUGCGUCCUUACCACCGCUGCUGUGCAACUGGAGCUCCUCAGCCCCUUCCAGCUCUAUUUCAACCCGCACCUCGUGUUCCGGAAGUUCCAGGUCUGGAGGCUCGUCACCAACUUCCUCUUCUUCGGGCCCCUGGGAUUCAGCUUCUUCUUCAACAUGCUCUUCGUGUUCCGCUACUGCCGCAUGCUGGAGGAAGGCUCCUUCCGCGGCCGCACGGCCGACUUCGUCUUCAUGUUUCUCUUCGGGGGCGGCCUCAUGACCCUGCUGGGGCUCCUGGGCAGUCUGUUCUUCUUGGGCCAGGCCCUCACAGUCAUGCUGGUGUAUGUAUGGAGCCGCCGCAACCCCCGAGUGAGGGUCAACUUCUUCGGCCUCCUCACCUUCCAGGCACCAUUCCUGCCCUGGGCACUCAUGGGGUUCUCUCUGCUGCUGGGCAACUCGAUUCUCGUGGACCUGCUGGGGAUUGCUGUGGGCCACAUUUACUACUUCCUAGAGGAUGUCUUCCCCAACCAGCCCGGAGGCAAGAGGCUGCUGCUGACCCCCAGCUUCCUGAAGCUGCUACUGGAUGCCCGACAGGAGGACCCUGAUUACCUGCCCCUCCCGGAGGAGCAGCCAGGACCCCUGCAGCAAUGACCCUACCCAGGGCCAGGGCCAGCCCCAACCCCAGCAGCCUGUUUUCCUGGCCUCUGGCAGGCCUCCAUUCCACCCCUAACUCCCGCUUACAGGAGAGCAACCUGUCCUGGAGAUGGGGCUGGUGCCCAGGGCCUGCCCAAAUAAACAGAAUGACCUGCAUCUCUUUGCCCACA